AUGUGCAACCCGGGAGUGUUCACCUGCACAGCUGGGGAUAUCCCUGAUACACCUGAACACACCUGGGGACAGCUGGGAUACACCCAGCACUGCCUGUGCAACCCCGGGGUGUUCACCUGCACAGACACCUGUUACGUUCUCUCCUUUGCCGUCAUCAUGCUCAACACGAGUCUGCACAACCCCAACGUUCGCGACAAACCCUCGGCCGAGCGAUUCGUGGCCAUGAACCGCGGCAUCAACGACGGGGGAGACCUGCCCGAGGAGCUCCUCAGGAAUCUGUACGAGAGCAUCCGCUCGGAGCCGUUCAAGAUCCCCGAGGACGACGGCAACGACCUCACGCACACCUUCUUCAACCCCGACCGCGAGGGGUGGCUGCUCAAGCUGGGCGGGCGGGUGAAGACGUGGAAGCGCCGCUGGUUCAUCCUGACCGACAACUGCCUCUACUACUUCGAGUACACCACGGAUAAGGAGCCCCGAGGGAUCAUCCCCCUGGAAAAUCUGAGCAUCCGAGAGGUGGAGGAUCCCCGAAAACCGCACUGUUUCGAGCUGUACAUCCCCAACAGCAAGGGGCAGCUGAUCAAGGCGUGUAAGACGGAGGCCCCAAAAAUCCCCAAAAAUCCCCAAAAAUCCCCAAAAUUUCCCCUUCCCAGGACCCCCAAACUGAGCCAAACUGGUUCAUACUGGUCUGAACUGGUUUCUCACUGUUUCGAGCUGUACAUCCCCAACAGCAAGGGGCAGCUGAUCAAGGCGUCACUGUUUCGAGCUGUACAUCCCCAACAGCAAGGGGCAGCUGAUCAAGGCGUGUAA